AUAUCGUUGCUUCUGGCCAGAGUGUGUUGACAGCUAUAACACUGUAUACUGUAACUGGCUUGUUAAAUGUAGCUCAUUAUUAUCUUAAAAAUACCGAUCGAUAUCACUUUGUCUCCCUCUCAAGAUUACAUUAGUGCCACUUGUUAAUGUAAUGAAUAGUUUAUAUGAGCAUUCAAGCUUCGAAGCGAAAAUGAUACAACUUGGUUCCAAAGUGUUUUGUGUCGCCCCGUUUGUGUGAGCAUGUGUUGCUCCUCUAAGUGUGGAGUUCAUUUCUGAUUGGGCAGGUUACGGGCGAAUGUCAGACACAUCCGCGCAGAGCGCUGGUGUCGACGUGUUUGGGGGGUAAAAACAGGCAGAGGAGAGAGGAGCGCGGCGCUUCAUUGUGUGGAGACGUAGCGAUGCGAUGUAUGUGGCGUCUGCCUCGGCUCUCCGAAGCUGUAGGCUUUGGCUGAGAGGCGUGGCGCACUCUGCCCCUCAAGACGGAAAACCACCUGUAUGGACGACCAGACUUCCAGCGUGACCCCCCCCGGGCGCAGGGGCAGCACCGGGUCCGGCGGUCAGGGCUGUGCCGGGGUGGAGGAGGGCGUCAUGACGGUGGAAACCAUGCUGGAGGAGUCCGCCGUGGUUUCGGCGCCACACCUGUCGCUGGAUCGAUACGACCACGGUCGCCAGGGAUGCUGCGAGCGGGUAGUGAUCAACAUCUCGGGUUUACGCUUCGAGACGCAACUUAAAACUUUCAACCAGUUCCCAGACACGCUGCUUGGAGACCCGAGGAAAAGGAUGCGCUACUUUGACCCACUGAGGAACGAGUACUUUUUCGACAGGAACAGACCCAGCUUUGAUGCAAUCCUUUACUACUACCAGUCAGGAGGGCGCAUACGAAGACCCGUUAACGUCCCCAUCGAUAUCUUCUCAGAGGAAAUUAGGUUUUAUCAGCUCGGAGAGGAGGCGAUGGAGAAAUUCCGAGAUGAUGAAGGAUUUAUAAAGGAAGAGGAGCGCGUGCUGCCAAACAACGAUUUCCAAAAGCAGGUUUGGCUUUUGUUUGAAUACCCGGAAAGCUCUGGGCCAGCAAGAGGAAUAGCAAUAGUUUCAGUGCUCGUUAUUUUGAUCUCAAUUGUCAUUUUCUGUAUGGAGACUUUGCCGGAAUUCCGGGAUGAGAAGGACCAAGCCACGGUGGCGCCCCUCGUCAACGGCACGACGCGCUACGCGUCAAGUCCGUUCACGGACCCCUUCUUCGUGAUUGAGACUCUGUGUAUCAUAUGGUUCUCUUUCGAGUUGCUGGUCAGGUUUUUCGCCUGCCCCAGCAAAACUACGUUUUCUAAAAACAUCAUGAAUAUCAUUGACAUCGUGGCCAUAAUCCCCUACUUUAUCACUUUGGGGACCGAGCUGGCCGAGAGGCAAACCAACGGCGGCCAACAGGCGAUGUCCCUCGCCAUACUGAGGGUGAUCAGGCUGGUGAGGGUCUUUCGAAUAUUUAAGCUCUCGCGACAUUCGAAGGGGCUCCAGAUUUUGGGACAGACCCUCAAGGCGAGCAUGAGGGAGCUCGGUUUGCUCAUAUUCUUCCUCUUCAUCGGAGUUAUUCUCUUCUCCAGCGCAGUUUACUUUGCGGAGGCAGACGACCCCUCUUCCAGCUUCACCAGCAUCCCGGAUGCCUUUUGGUGGGCAGUCGUCACCAUGACCACCGUCGGAUACGGCGACAUGCAUCCGGUGACCAUCGGUGGCAAAAUAGUUGGGUCGCUGUGCGCAAUAGCAGGCGUGCUGACAAUUGCCUUACCCGUGCCGGUGAUUGUGUCCAAUUUCAACUACUUUUACCACAGAGAGACCGACGGAGAGGAGCACCAGCAGUACCUGAACGCCGACAGCUGCGAGCACCUGCCCUCGGGCGAGCUGAGGAGGUCGUGCAGCUCGUCGUCGCUCAGCAAGUCCGAGUACGUGGUUGUGGAGGAGGGCAUCAACAGUGCGUUCAAACAGUGCAACUUCGCCACCGAGAAUAAUCAGAACUGUGUCAACAUCAAAAAGAUCUUUACAGACGUGUAGACGAGGCCGAGAGGGAGCAUGAAGAAAUAGUAGCUAUAAUAUUUUUUAUAUAAUCAAUUGUAACGUGUAAGUCCAUAUCCGUGACCGCUGCGUAAAUGUCGGUUUAAAGGGGUCGUUUGUCUUUUUAUUUCUUUACUCGAAUGAGAAAUCACGAGCCUGUUGUUUAGAUUCCAGUGUUUUCAGUAUUUCUAAGCAAUCAAAGAAGUAUUAUUGACUUAAACGUUUUGCAUUGAAUAAGUAUUAAGUGCAAAGUCUGGGAAACAAGUAAAGUCGUUUGUGGCUCGUUGAACUAGAUAUUUUGCAGCCUGCGGUGCUGCACUAUACACCUCCAUAUGGCUACAUAUCCUUGAUGUUAUAAUACGAAAGUUGUUGUUAUUCAUGAUCUGGAUACACGUGUAGUCCGCUAUACUGCAUCUACCCGUCUUGUGCUUCGUGGAGAGAUAUGUUUUAUUGUUCAUAAUGAAUACAGAUUGUUUAAAUGCCUGUAUACGUAUAGGUGGUAAAUAAUAUCAUACCCUGGUAUGCUGAUUUGUUCGCGUUAUUAUUCAGGAAAUAAAUCAGAGUGGCGUAGAUUGUAACAAUUAUCAGAAAUUAAGUCGAGAUUUUCGUAAGAGUUGUAUUUUUAUUCAGAGCUGCUUAUAACAGAGCCUAUAUUGAAUAAAUUAAUUCAUCCCGACUCAAAAUGUCAUUUCGAAAUGAAACUCAGUAUCAUGAGGUUCCCUCAAGCAGGUGUUGAUUAAAACCAUAUGCUGUGAGAAAGUGUGACAGAAUAAAAACAAGUGAAGAAACGUGCGCCUUGUCCCGCCUCCUGCCAGCUGGACCCGCCUUGUGAUACAGUCUCCAUGACAACGGUGGUUUCCCGGGUAACCCCCUCCAAUGUUGCUAUGGCAGUUUUAGCUUCACUCUUGCAUUUUGGUCCUCGGGGGGCUCUAGAUACCAGAGUUUUGUUAAACUUUGUUAACUCUCUUCCUUAAAAGUGUAUUAAUCCAUUAAUCCAACCAGUUGGUAAUAUUUUAGUUUUAUUUAAAGUUUUUACUCGUAGCUGUACGACUUGAACUUUAGAAACAUGAACAUUUUUUAGAGCAGUUA